AUCACGGACUUGUGCAAGACCUGCAGUUUGGUCUCCCGUCACUAGGCGCUGGUGCUCAUUGCGCACACAGCACUCUGCCGGGGAUGUCGUGUGGAGCUCCUGCCGGCUGACCUACUUUCUCCCCGGCCUCUCGCCGGUGUUUACAACCGAGCAAACACCCGGAGUUCUGCGAGGAGGACACCCGUCUUCUCGUUUAUCUAGACUAAAUCACAAGGGCUGUCCCCCUACAGAGCCGCUUCGGGGACACCGCUCCUCGGGUACCCCUAAAAGCACCCGUUUUACGGCUGGUUAUGCAAUGUGACGGCGCCGUGCUGGUGGAUGGUGGAGCCCCGUCUGAUGGAGACUAUCAGCCGGAGUUGAGCCUGAGAGCCCGGGUCCGGCAUGGAGGAGGUUCUGCUGAGGACUUGUUAUUGAGGGAACUCAUUUCUCGUGCAACGGGUUCCGCGUUCCCGUCUGCAGAACGUCAGCGGGACUCCUCCCCUCAGCGUUUAGCGACGCGCGGCGCGGCGCGGACGGCCCCCUACGAUCCGUUGCCUCCAUCGCAGGAGACUGCGCUCCCCUGUUGUGUCCCGGGACGGGAAGGGAACCCCGCCCCGAGUCGUCUCAUACGCUCUGCACAGACACAGUGCUGCUCCACUGUUUCUAGACACCAGUGACAGGGUUUCCCGGCCAGGUUUCCAGGGGCAGUAGGUCCGGACUGGAUGGGCGGCGGUCCCACAGGCCAGAAGGGGGGCCGCGGCGGCCAGAGGGAGUGAGUGAUGGACAGCCUGUCAGACUUCAGCGGGCCCUGCGCCUCCAGUCGCAGGGAAUGGGACACCGGCAGCUGUGUCGACGAUUUACUGGAAGAAGAUGAAAAGGACCGAGUAAAAAGGGCGUCCCGGAACAAGUCGGAGAAGAAGCGGCGGGACCAGUUCAACGUGCUCAUCAAGGAGCUGUGCACCAUGCUGCAGGUCCAGGGCCUGCCCUGCAAGAUGGACAAGUCCACCAUCCUGCAGAGGACCAUCGGCUUCCUGCAGAAGCAGAAAGACAUGUCGGCCCAGAACGACAGCUGUGACGUGAGGCAGGACUGGAAGCCGUCCUUCCUGAGCAACGAGGAGUUCACUCAGCUCAUGCUGGAGGCUUUGGAUGGCUUCCUGGUUGCCCUGACGACGGACGGAAACAUCAUCUACGUGUCAGACAGCGUCUCCUCUCUGAUUGGACACCUACCGCCUGACAUGGUGGACCAGAACAUCCUGAACUUCCUGCCGGAGCGCGAGCACAGCGACGUCUACAAGCUGCUGUCCUCCCACAUGCUGAGCUCCGACCCCGCCAGCUCGGACUUCCUCGACAGUGAGUCUCAUGUGGAGUUCUGCUGUCACCUGGCGAGAGGCAACAUGGACCUGAAGGAGCCUCCGGUCUACGAGUACGUCAAGUUCAUAGGAGACUUCAAGUUCCACAACAAUGUGCCUACGUCCUCCUGUAACGGCCUGGAGCUGGCCUUACCCAGAACCCUCCAGUCCUCCCUGGAGGAGCAGCUGUGCCUCAUCGCCACGGUGCGCCUGGUCACCCCUCAGUUCCUCAAGGAUCUGUGCAACGUCCAAGACCCCUGCGACGAGUUCACGUCCAGACACAGUCUGGAGUGGAAGUUCCUGUUCCUGGAUCACAGAGCGUCUCCCAUCAUCGGCUACCUCCCCUUCGAGGUGUUGGGGACGUCAGGCUACGACUACUACCACGUGGACGACCUGGAGCUCAUAGCCCAGUGUCACAAGCACCUCAUGCAGUUGGGGAAGGGGAAGUCGUGCUGCUACCGCUUCCUGACCAAAGGCCAGCAGUGGAUCUGGCUGCAGACGCACUACUACAUCACCUACCACCAGUGGAACUCCAAGCCCGAGUUCAUCGUCUGCACGCACACCGUCGUCAGCUACGCGGAGGUGCGGGCGGAGAGGAGGCGAGCCAUGGGUCUGGAGGAGGUGUCCCCCGUGGAGCUGGCCCCCUCCUCUGUGAAGGCCCAGGAGCUGUACCUGGACUUCUGCUCCACCCUGGACCCUCCGAAGGAGCGUACCAGUGCGCCCCGGUCCGUCUCCUCCCGCGGCUCCAGGAAGUCCUCCCACCUGGGUCUUUCCGACUCCGCCUCCGCCAACUCGUACACAGAGCCCUGUACACCGUCGUGGCAGUCCACAUCCAUCGGGACGGAUAACUCCACCGCCAGGCUGCAGCCCGGCGGCUCCAAGCAGCAGCAACCACCGCAAGAACAACAUCAACAACCACAACCACAAACACAACCACCACAACAACAACCUCAACCACCACAACAACAUCAACAACAACAGCAACAACAACAUCAGCAUCCCAGACCACCAGCGCAGCAGGUGCAGCAGGUGCAGCAGGUGCAGCAGCCCCUGCUGUACCAGCAGCAGCUCCCCCUGGUGGCGCAGCCUCAGCUGGGCAUGAUGAACCACCUGAAGGAGCAGCUGGAGGAGAGGACCCGGAUCCUGCAGGCGGACAUCAAGACCCAGCAGCAGGAGCUCCACGACAUCAAGGAGAAGCUACAGCUAGCCAACUUCCAGAUGUUUUUACAGCCACCUAUCCACACUGACUUUGGCCAGGUCCCGACCCCCCAGCCGCAGCGACCCGGGCGACCGGUCAUACGUCAGAACUCCGGCCCGCCAGCCAAGCAGCAGGCCUGCCAUGCCCCCUCGGCCAACCCCCUGCAGGUGCACCAGAGGCUGGUCCGGCGGGGCCCGGUGCGGACGCUGAGCCUCCCGGUGCAGGGCAGCAGCAGCCUGGGCCUGCCGCUCUACACCAACCCCAUGAUGUUCUCCUCCGGCGCCCGGCCGCUGCAGGACGCGCGCCACGCCCACCUGGACCCCGCCGACUUCAGCCAGGACGGACAGCUACGGAUGCUGCUGAACCAGCCCAUGCAGACUCUGGUCCCCAACAACAGUGUGACCCCCCAGACCUCCCAGUGUAACCCCGGACUCUCUCAGACCAAGUACACGGUGGAGCAGCAGCUGAUGGGCCAGUCCUUCACCAUGCAGCAGGUCAACUGCAACGCCGUGCUGGUCCCCUCCCCCGUCUUCACCUCGCCCUUCGUCAUCCCCCACAACAGCUUCAUCACCCACCAGCCACAGGCCGCCUACCAGCAGCCUACCCAGCAUGCACCGCUCCAGCUGCAGCAGCCCCAGCAGUUCUUUCAGAUGCAGACUCAGGGUCUGCUGCACAGCGGCUCCACGCCAGCCUUCCUGCACGCCACCAACAUACCGCAGCAAAGCACCCUGGGAUACAUUCAGCAGCAGCCGCAACAGCAACAACAACAACAACAACAACAACAGAGACUGCAGCAGCAGCAGCACUCCCAGAACCAGCCGGGCGGCGUGUCGGACUUCCAGAACAUGCUGACGCGGUAGCUCCACCUCCCCCGGGCGGAGGGGCGACGACCAGACGCCGGGCGGCCUGAGGCGGCGUUGGGGACGAGGAGGAAGCAGAGUCCCGCUGGACGUGUGAACCAAGGCCCUGCGGUCCUUCACUGAGGUCUUCAGAAGAGAGCUGGACCUGAGCUGGACCCGACUGAGGGGGGGUCGCUCGCGGCCACAAGGAGGCGCCUCAUGUUGGCACGGAGCUGGCCGUUCGGAUCCGGGCUGUUUUUCUGCACUGGCGUUGGAGAUAAGAGACAAGGGAGGAGGAGGAGGAGGGGCUAUAGCUCCCUGGGCCGCAGUCUGUCGGACUGAAGAGCCAAGUCGUUGCUAUGGGGUCCGUUGCUAGGAGACUGUUGCUAGGGGCCCUCAGUAAGGUUGAUGGGGCCCCGUCGUUUGCGGCCCAUUGCUAGGGGGCCCUCAUCAGGGCUGCAAGAAGCCCGUCACUAGGGGCCCUGUUUUUAGGUGGGGUCAUAAUGGGCUGUUGCUAGGCGGGGUCACUAGUGGCUGUUGCUAGGGGCCUUGGUUGCAUCCAUUCGUCCGUUGGCGACCAUCAUACAGGAAGAGAAGAUGAGCUGGUGUCCUCCCCGCCCCCAGAAGAGCUGUAACUGGGGUUCUCUGUGUUCAUUUGCCUUGUUCGUACUGUUAGUGUCCGGUUCCCCCACCCCAGCACUUAGAUCCAAGAUGGCCGAAGGGCGAAUGAGUCCUAUUGCCGCCGCCCUCCUCUUCCUAUAAAACUAGAAUACAGCUCUUAACUCUGUUCAUGAGCUCUGAUGGGUCCCACACUGGUGGUCUGACAACCCCCCUCUUCUGCCUUAUCACUCCACUCUGUAGCACUAGUGUUUCAUAGCAGGACCAACCAAUAGAGUUCAAGCACUUGAUUCUCACCGUUGGAGUUGAGACCCCGAUCUGGGACUGAAGGGGGGGGUGGGGGGGUCUUGAGUAGUGAUGGAGGGUACCAGCAGAUGUGCCUUGCCCAGCCGUGGUUUCUCCCUGCUUAGGGUGGGAGGGGGGGCGUGUGACCAUGGCUGUAAACCCUGCUCAGGUCCUGGAAAACACAGUAGACCCGUUGUGUUUUCAGGGCCCGGCCCUUUGUCCCACGCCACUCAGAGGCAGAGACUUAGGCCCAAUCCCAUUUCUAACCCUUACUUUCCCUUUACCCCUUCCCCUUACCACUUCAAAACAAGGGGGAGAGGUAAGGGGAAGGGGAAAGGGGUAGAAAUGGGAUUGGGCCUUAAGUUUGUCUUGGGCAAACGAUCGAUGGAAACUUCUAUAAGGAUACACGUCCCCCAUUACAGAAAGAAUAUCAGCAUCAUUUAUCCCUGAGGAUAACCAGACUCUUGCAACAUUACUUCUGGGAUUUAUGAUCGAGGGGUUGAUGCAUCGACAGGACGUGGUUUUGAUACGACAGCGAGAAGGAACUAACAGCCAGAGGGAAAAGAUAGCAAGAUUGACUUCACAUAUAUUGGAGGAGAGUAGCCCUUCACAGAUUAUAGCCACUAACAGAAGAAGUAUGUUUCUUACUUCAAGAACGACGAGAAUACGACCGGCCACACUUUCCCAUCGCUCAACGCUGAGGGAACCAAAACGAUCGGCUGUCUGAUGCAAUGCAAGUGAGAGCUGUGGAGUUUGAAGACGUCUGAGGAGAAGGUCGGAGUGUCGGACGUACGUUCUGACACUUCUCUCAGGGGGAUUCUGGACGCAGCCCUCUUCAUCUUAGUUUCAUCUGUUUUAUUUUGUUCGGUUCUUGUGUGUGUUGCCGCUGCCAAUCUCCCAUCUACUCCAAACCGGCCAUAUUUAUACAUUGUUAAAGGUUGGGUAUGGGAUUUGCGAAACGCCAGCAGAUUUUGAAAACACACAACUCAAAUGGUCCUACCCCCUGUCCUUCAACGCUGACUCUGACUCCGUCCAUUCCAAGUACCUGGACGCGCAAUCAUGCACGAGCGCGAACACAGAUGCGCGAGAGCGAGCCAGGCUAGCUAGGUUGGAGUUUAUGGUUGUCUUCUAGUGCUAGGUCCAAAUGUGGAUUAGCUAGUUAGCUAUAGCUCCAGUAGCUACCUCAGGAUAACAACAAACAGAAGCUUUCUCUGGGUCACAAGCUUUGAGUACGUGCACGAAGGGGUUGGGAGCGGGGGAGGGGGAGUGCAGUACGACCGUUUGAUUGACGUACUUGCUGUCCAAUGCCACUCGGUGGUUCUGGAAAUCAUUGGCUGGAGUUUUUCGAGCCCUGCCCGUUCCACAGAUGAUUAACUUGUUUAAUUUUAAUGUCAGUACUUCUAACUCAGUGGCUGUAAUUGGGUUACGAUAAGGAUUUCAAGUGAUUUUGCAAAAAUGGCCAAAAUAGAGAAUUCCAUACCCAACCUUUAAUAUUUAUAUACAGUUCUGUAUGUAAUCCUUCGGGUGGCUGUUGCCAACCACUGACAAAAUACUAAACAACUCUGAUACUAUGAUAAGAUUUAGCUCUUGAGAAUUACCUCUGACAAAUCAUCUAAGAUGUUAGUUUGAUGUUAAAAUAACUUUUUCAAAAGUUGACAAUCAGAAAAAAUAUAAGAGUAGGUUAAUGUAAGAGUUUAAUACUAUACGUCUCAGUUGCUAAUUAGUAAGAGUUUCCAACCAGUCACAAUUUAGGAUUUUGUUCACUCUGAGGACCAUGGUGAUGCUAGUCUAAUGAAUUAACCAGGUACUUCUAAGUUAGUACCACUAACCAGGUACUUCCUGGCUAGUGUUACUAAUCAGUGGUACCAGCAGUUGCGUUGAAAGGUGCUGUUGUCACUUGACAGAGUUAGGAAAACGUUGAGCAUGUACGUUUAUUCUUGACGAUGUACAUUUUGAAAGGAAUGUUACUUUAUACUCUUAUGUUUCACAACCUCCUUGUAUAUUACUGUAUAAAUAAGCCAAUUUACCAAAUUAUUUGGAAAUAUUUUUUUAUAAAAAUCACAUUCCUCUGACCACAAAUAUAAAGAGUAUAUCUCACCAGGUACAAAUGUUUCAGCAAACGAGUGUAUUCGCAUGAACUGAUCUCCGCAGAGCAAAAAUAAGAUUUAUAUACGAUGGACUGCCUCAACACGUCUCCUUGUACUUACAUUUGUAGGAAAAGCCUAUUCUGUUAUUAUUUGUUUAUUUUAAAUUGCUUCCUGGCAUCAUAUAAAAGAAGACGCAACUCCAAGUAAGCUAGCACAACUCUGUAUAAGCUAGCACAACUCUGGAUAAGCUAGCACAACUCUGGGUAAGAUAGCUCUGCUAAUCCGUUGAUUGAGUAAGAAAUGCUUCAAAUGUUAACGGUCCAUUGCAGGGACACAUAGGCACACAAUCACACCAGCGAAUGACUUUCAAGCACUUUUGUGAUUUUGAAGAGACAGAUCACGACGCGGCAUUGCUGUGUUUCUGGGGUCAGUGCAACUUGGUUCUGCCGGAGAUUAUAUCCCCAUCAUUAUUUUCUUCAGUAUUUUCCAAAUAUUGACAUUGUUAAAAAAAUGAUACCACAAGGGCUAAGUGUUUGUAUCAAGUUAUUAGUUAUAAAAUCAAAUGAGGUCCUUUAUAAUAUUUGUAUUACCUGCCAUUAAAAUGGUGAUCUCGAAGAUUUCAAGUUUAUUCUCUUUCCCGAUUAGCGGCCAUUAUUCCCAGAUAUACGAACACUGUCACCACUGACAACCAGCUGGUCAUUUUCAGGAUACUACAAAUGCAAGGGCUUGUUAUCACUGGGUCGUAGGCUCAACCACCAUGGUGGCCAUCAGCGAUAUAUAAAUAUUUCUAUGAAAAUCUUAAGAGAUUGGCACUUUAAGUUAAAUAUCCACAUUAAUAACCGUGGACCUGGGCAUUGAAACAUUACUUAAUGUUGUGUUAGUUUUUACUCCAUCGUUGAUUGCAACUCAAAGCUUAAAGGGCCCCUAUUUACUACCUUUUACCCUUGAGUGACAUCACAAGUGGCAGUGUCUCUACUUGUGAGGUCACUAUGGGUAGAAAGGUAAAUUUCUUAGUAAGAGGGAAAAAAACGAAGCUAAAGGAUUCGACGGGUAUUUUCUAAGACGAUAGUGGUUCAUGUACGUCACACGGAAUCGCAGCGAUUUGUUGAGUAAAUGUCUCAUGAAUCACCUUGUGGAAUAACUGUGGGUAAAUCUACUUGUUCCUAUUUUUGAUUUCGCGUCUGGAAUUCUCCCGUCAGUUUCUUUGAAUGAGCCUGAACUUCUCCAUCAUUCGAGACUGAACCGAAGGGUCAGAAAAGUGAAGUGUUGAUUACGUUUGUUUAAAGAUGCUAAAAUGUUGGUUUGGUUCCAGUGUGUCCGUCUGACCUGAGCUGUUCUGGCCUGUGCGCGGUUGCAUGGUGAAUCGUUGUUUUCCUAUCAAGUUUGACUCUUUUUAAAUGGCAUGCGAUGUCAACAAGAGCGCGGAAUACACUGCCACACCUGACCACGGUUUCUGCUCGGACACAAAUCCGAUUUCUACGGCCAUCUCUGCCCUUGGAGCGCAGAAACCCUGAAGAUAUUGUACAUAAGAAUGUAAAAAUUCCAGAGUAAACAUUCUUUUAUUUUAUAUGUUAAAAAAUAUAUAAAUAUAUAAAUAUGUGUUACAAGAUUUUAAAACAGAAGUGAUUUUGUAACAGAUGAAGUGUCUUACUAGCGAACGUUCACGUUGUGUUGCACAGUCACUCGAAUGGCUCGUUGGGUAUUUUCUGUAUUCACCAUCAAAAUAAGCUUUAAAAUAUUGUUGACAUUGUUUUGAAAUAAAUGAAUAAACGUGUUUACAUUCCAAAAUGUUAUUGGAUACAAAUUAUAUAAUGUUCCGUUCAAUUAUUUAUGUGUUGUGAAUUUCAGUUGAAAUAAAUAUUUUUAAGCGUA